GUCGCGGGGGUCCUCGCCCGCCCCGCCUAUCCUCCGUCCGCGCACGCGUGCUCGCUCGCCUCUCCCUGCGCGGGGACCCCGGCGGGCGCGGCGCGGCGCGGCGCGGACAUGGCCAGCGAUGCCGUGCAGAGUGAGCCCUGGUCCCUGUUGGAGCACCUGGGUCUGGCAGGCGCAGACCUGGCGGCACCUGGGGUGCAGCAGCAGCUGGAGUUGGAACGGGAGCGGCUGCGGCGGGAGAUCCGCAAGGAGCUAAAGCUGAAGGAGGGUGCAGAGAACCUGCGGCGUGCAGCCACCGACCUGGGCCGAGGCCGGGGCCCCGUGGAGCUGCUGCUUCGUGGCUCUGCGCGCCGCCUGGACCUGCUGCAUCGCCAGUUGCAGGAACUACACGCACAUGUGGUGCUGCCUGAGCCCACUGCUGGCCAGGAUGUCCCCCAGUCCCUGGGUGCAGGCAGCUCUGCCUGCUCGGCCACCAACCUGAGCCGUGUAGCUGGCCUAGAGAAGCAGCUGGCCAUCGAGCUGAAGGUCAAGCAGGGCGCAGAGAACAUGAUCCAGACCUACAGCAACGGCAGCACCAAGGACCGGAAGCUGCUGCUCACCGCCCAGCAGAUGCUCCAGGACAGCAAGACCAAGAUAGACAUCAUCCGCAUGCAGCUCCGCCGGGCUCUGCAGGCUGGCCAGCUGGAGAGCCAGGCAGCAGCAGAUGAGGCCCCAGGGGCUCCAGACCUGGGAGCAGUGGAGCUGCGCAUUGAGGAGCUUCGGCAUCACUUCCGAGUGGAGCACGCUGUGGCUGAGGGAGCCAAGAACGUGCUGCGCCUCCUCAGUGCGGCCAAGGCCCCAGACCGGAAGGCUAUCAGCGAGGCCCAGGAGAAGCUGACAGAGUCUAACCAGAAGCUGGGCCUGCUGCGUGAGGCACUGGAGCGCAGGCUGGGGGAGCUGCCUGCUGACCACCCGAAGGGGCGGCUGCUACGUGAGGAGCUGGCUGCAGCCUCAUCGGCCGCUUUCAGUGCGCUGCUGAGUGAGCCCUUCCCGGCCUCACACUACAGCACGCUGUGCAAGCCCGCACCACUCACAGGGACUCUGGAGGUACGUGUGGUAGGCUGCAGGGACCUUCCUGAGAACAUUCCGUGGAAUCCCUCGCCCUCUGGGACACCUGGGACCCCUGACAGUCGCACCCCCUUCCUGAGCCGCCCAGGCCGGGGCCUUUACAGCCGAAGUGGAAGCCUCAGUGGCCGAAGUAGCCUCAAAGCAGAGUCAGAGAACACGAGCGAGGUCAGCACUGUGCUGAAGCUGGAUAACACAGUGGUGGGACAGACAUCCUGGAAGCCAUGUGGGCCUAGUGCAUGGGACCAGAGCUUCACCUUAGAGCUGGAGCGGGCCCGGGAGCUGGAGCUGGCUGUGUUCUGGCGGGACCAGCGGGGCCUGUGUGCUCUCAAGUUCCUGAAACUGGAGGAUUUCCUGGACAAUGAGCGGCAUGAAGUGCAGCUGGACAUGGAGCCGCAGGGCUCCCUGCUGGCCGAGGUCACCUUCCACAACCCUGUCAUCGAGAGAAUCCCCCGGCUCCAGAGGCAGAAGAAAAUUUUCUCCAAGCAGCAAGGAAAAGCUUUUCAGCGUGCCAGGCAGAUGAACAUUGAUGUGGCCACAUGGGUGCGGCUGCUUCGAAGGCUCAUCCCCAACGCCACCAGCACCUUCAGCCCUGGGGCUUCUCCAGGACCUGAGGCCCGGCCCGUGGGGGAUAUCUCCAUGGAGAAGCUGAGCCUUGGGCCUGACUCCGACCGCUCCCCACAGAAGAGUCCUCCAGGGCCUCGGUCCAGCACAUCCGUCCUGGGUUCCCCGAGCCAGGAAGUGGCCACUGUUCCCGUUCCCCAGCUACCUUCAGAGAGCCAGGAGAGCCCAGGCCCUGGCCCGUGCAGCUCUCUGAGGAAGUCACCUCUGACCCUUGAGGACUUCAAGUUCCUGGCAGUGCUAGGCCGGGGUCACUUUGGGAAGGUGCUGCUUUCAGAAUUCCGGGCCAGUGGGGAGCUCUUUGCUAUCAAGGCUUUGAAGAAAGGAGACAUUGUGGCCCGGGACGAGGUAGAAAGCCUGAUGUGCGAGAAGAGGAUCCUGGCUGCGGUGACCAGUGCAGGGCACCCUUUCCUGGUGAACCUGUUCGGCUGCUUCCAGACACCAGAGCAUGUGUGCUUCGUGAUGGAGUACUCAGCUGGUGGGGACCUCAUGCUGCACAUCCACAGCGACGUGUUCUCAGAGCCCCGUGCUGUCUUCUACUCUGCCUGUGUGGUGCUGGGGCUGCAGUUCCUCCACGAACACAAGAUUGUCUACAGGGACCUGAAGCUGGACAAUUUGCUCUUGGACACUGAGGGCUACGUCAAGAUCGCUGAUUUUGGCCUCUGCAAGGAAGGCAUGGGCUACGGUGAUCGGACCAGCACAUUCUGUGGGACCCCCGAGUUCCUGGCCCCCGAGGUGCUGACAGAUACGUCCUACACUCGCGCUGUGGACUGGUGGGGGCUGGGCGUGCUGCUGUAUGAGAUGUUGGUGGGUGAGUCCCCGUUCCCAGGGGAUGAUGAGGAGGAGGUGUUUGACAGCAUUGUCAAUGAUGAGGUUCGCUACCCCCGUUUCCUGUCUGCUGAGGCUAUUGGCAUCAUGCGAAGGCUGCUGCGCAGGAACCCAGAGCGGAGGUUGGGGUCCAGUGAGCGUGACGCAGAGGAUGUGAAAAAGCAGCCCUUCUUCAGGACCCUGGGCUGGGAUGUGCUUCUGGCCCGCCGCCUGCCACCACCCUUUGUGCCCAAGCUGUCAGGGCGUACCGACGUCAGCAACUUUGACGAGGAGUUUACUGGGGAGGCACCCACGCUGAGCCUGCCACGUGAUGCGCGGCCCCUCUCUGCAGCUGAGCAGGCUGUUUUCCAGGACUUUGACUUUGUGCCCGGGGGCUGCUAGCACCCAUCCUGCCCACCCAGAGUUCUUAGUUUUUAAAAAGGCCUUUGGGGUUCUCCCCAUCCUUGCA